UGUUGUUAUUGUUGUUGCCCAAUCUUUAAACAAGGUAAAUUAAAGGCAAAACCAGCGUCUUGAAUUCUCUCACAACCCAACCAACCAACCUCCGGCGCGUUCCCGGAGACGCCGUCGUUUUGGCUUAGCCGGCGGCGCCUCCGCCUCUCCCAUCGAUGGCCGCCGACAAGGGGAAGCCCUUCACCUUCUCGCUCCCUGUGAGCGUCGUCGUUUUGGCCAUCGCAUACAUUUACGUCUCCACCGUCUUCGUCUUCAUCGACCGCUGGCUCGGCCUCUUCUCCUCACCGGGGAUCAUGAACGCCACGGUCUUCACUGCGCUCGCCGCCGUCUGCGUCGUCACCUACCGCGCCGCCAUCACUACGGAUCCGGGUCGCGUCCCCGCCACGUACAUGCCCGACGUCGAAGACGCCGAGAGCCCCAUCCAUGAAAUCAAACGCAAGGGUGGAGAUUUGCGAUAUUGCCAAAAGUGUUCUCACUAUAAGCCGCCUCGUGCACAUCAUUGCCGUGUUUGUAAAAGAUGUGUUCUACGAAUGGAUCAUCACUGCAUUUGGAUAAAUAACUGUGUGGGUCAUGCAAACUAUAAAGUCUUCUUCAAUUUUGUCUUGUACGCUGUAAUUUCCUGCAUCUACUCCCUGGUCUUACUAGUGGGUAGUCUAGCUUAUGAUGGCAUACAGGAUGAAGAAAAAAUUGGAAAAAGCUCUUUCCGUACUGUAUAUGUUGUUUCUGGGCUCUUGCUGGUCCCUUUAUCCAUAGCAUUAUGUGUGCUUUUUGGUUGGCAUAUCUGUCUUGUCCUACAUAACAAGACCACAAUAGAGUAUCAUGAAGGAGUGAGGGCUUUAUGGCUUGCAGAGAAAGGUGGGAGUAUCUACAAACAUCCAUACGACCUUGGCCCAUAUGAGAAUUUGACAUCUGUUUUGGGACCGAAUAUCCUUAGUUGGCUGUGGCCUUCUUCAAACCAUAUAGGUUCUGGACUUAGGUACAGCACCAUCUAUGAUCUGGCAAAAGGUUCAACAUCCAAAUGAGAUUUUGGCAUUGCUUUGCAGUGGCCAUUUGCAAUGUUAGUCGUAUUAACCCUUGUUAUGAAUAGUUUGAAUGAUGACAAUACUGAAUGACCGGUAAUGUUCUAUCUCUAGUCCAAUACAAAGUUGCUUUUCUUGAUGACAAUCACCCACAAUCGCUGAAGUGUAGGUGGUCAAGAGCUGCUUGCUGCAUAUGACUGAUGAAAUUGACUACACAAUGUGUGUGCCCUUGUGGAUAUUUUUCUUUUUCUUUUUCCUUCAUUGCUUUGCCCAUUUUCUAGGCACAGAAUAGACUUUUUUUUUUCUGCUGUUACAGCUGUAGAGUUCUGCGGAUAAACCUAUUGUACAAAUAGAAAUUCUGAAACAGGGAAGGAAGUGCCUAAAGGGAUUCCUUAACCCCUGUUAGAAGUUGUUCUUCUGUAUUCUAGAACUGUAUUUCUGUAUCUUGGAUUAAAUAUUUGUAUUAUCCAUUUUUUAAUACAUGUAUUAUACAUUUAA